CGUCGCCGAGCCGAGACGUCGACGUCAGUCGGUGUCCGCGUUCUCGAAGUAUUAUUAGUCAGUAUUAGGUGCAAAACCAGGUGUAACGGAGGCGCGCGGUUAAAAAUAAAUACCUCGCCCGGCACGUAAACGGGACUACGGGACGCGGGUUUACGUCCGGGGCAUCCGCGAUCCGCGGUGCUUCAAUACAGUCAAUCUCGUCGCGACGUGACGCAAACGUCACGCGCAGCUCGCAAUUGUCAAUUGCCGUCUGUAAACAAUACGAGUGUUAAUUACAGACACCUGUCGAACGUUCAACGGGACAAAAGCCGCUAUAUCGAUCCGUCGUAAUAAUGGUAUAUUGGCUACCGAAGAAACGUUUCGUGAGAAGGUAUACUCGGCUCAUUAAAACUGCAUGCACAGGCACUCUUUCUCCGAACGAAGUUAAUUCUCCCCUUCUCGCCCCCGGAUCGAUCGAACGUUUGUUAAUCGAUGGAUAUAUAGCGUAACUUUUACAGUUUUGCUGGAAAACUAGAGUCGCUAUACUAAUCCGUUAUUAUCGUUCUUGUAGAAGCCUAACAUUAACGCUUUAAAAGUGAAAUAUAUAUUAUUGAAGGAAUAUAUAUUACAUUAUUUUUGAAUUAAACUGAGAUGCUUAAUACAUGUAUAAUAGUCGUACACUUGUCGGACAGAAGUGUAGCAUGUGAAUUGUAAAAAUUUUCACUCGUACUCAGGAAUAUUGAAAGAAAAAAGAUUGUUUAUACAUACACAAUACAUAUUUAUAUUUGUGAAGCUUUUUGUAAUUAUUUAUCAUCUUACAUCCAAACGUUUUGCUUAAGACAAUAACGGUAAAACAGUCUCUUGUAACAAGUUUGUGGCAUUAAGUUUGCUCGAAGAGAGGACUUGCAAUCAAACCACUAACAGUCACGAUGUCGGUGUACCUACUAUUAGCGGCGAUAGUACCAAUCGUCAUCCUUGAGAUUUGGUACAUGGGAAUAUGCUUAACUUGGACAAUGAAGCUAUCCAUCCUGAUAUACCUCAUUAUAUUUGGGCUUCUGCCAGUAAUUUAUCAUUAUUCAUAUACCCUUCAAAAAAAGAUACUUUUUUUAAAUUUUGUACAUUGGCCACUUAAAUUAGACUUUUCCAAUCCAGAAUUGGUUGGACUGAACGGCGCUAGAAAUUUCUAUUUAUAUACCGACCAGCAAGUAAAGAUUGGUGCAUGGCAGAUAUUACCACGAUCUUUAUUAAAUAAGUCCAUUCCUGUAACAGAUGAAGCUUAUGAAGCAGUUUUAAAUAAGGCUAAGCAACCUGUGUUCCUAUAUCUUCAUGGAAAUAGUGGUAAUAGAGCAAGCUCGCAUAGACUCGAGCUUUAUAAGCUUUUCCAAGACCUAAAUUAUCAUGUUAUAUGUUUCGAUUACAGAAGCUAUGGCGAUAGUGAUGCAGUUGAGCUUUCCGAGGAAGGUGUAGUCACGGAUAGUAAAUAUGUUUUCGAGUGGGUGAUGAAAAAAGUUAAUGGCUCAGUUCCAGUUUUUGUAUGGGGUCAUUCUUUAGGAACCGGAGUUUCUACGCAUGUAUUAGCUCUGUUAGCAGCUGAAAAUAUACAACCAGCAGGAUUGUUUUUGGAAGCACCGUUCAAUAACAUUCAAGAUGAACUAACGGAACAUCCAUUUGCACAGAUAUUCAAGCACUUACCAUGGUUCCAUUGGAUGGUUGUUCAACCAUUUUUUAAUAAUAAUCUGCGAUUUGAGUCUGAUAAGCAUAUUACUAAGAUUGACUGUCCUAUUAUGAUAUUACAUGCUGAAGAUGAUGGUGUGAUUCCAAUUUUUUUGGCAGAAAAGCUUUAUCAAGCGGCAAUAGAUAGUUUUGGAAAUAAUACAAAUCGUAUCCAAAUGAUAAGAAUUGGUUCAUCCCAUGGACUUGGACACAAGUACAUCUGUAGAUACAAGGGAUUACCUGAUAUAAUUCAGACAUUUGUCAACAAAACAUACGAAAAUCGGACUGAAUAACUCUCAUCUAGAUUAAAAAAUUAAAACUGUAAAUUAUUUCGUAAAUUGUCAAAAAAAUUCAUAGUCAGGGAUUAUUUUAUUUACAACAUGAAAAUGUAAUACGUUUAUAGAAUUAGAAUUUUAGCAAAAGAUAGUAUUCGAAGGAGAUACAUUAUUUUGUGUUUCUUUGAAUAUUACAUUUAUCAAAAAUUUGAUAUUUAUAGUAUCUUAGAAUUAUAACUAUAUGUAUGAUGUAAAAAAAACUGUGAUGUCAAACGCUUAAAUUGUGCACUCAAUUUUUGUGUAUAAAGUUUAUUUCAACUUACCAAAUGUAAAAUUUAUUUAAAUAGUAUAUAAACUUUUUAAAUGUAGUGUUAUGUGAUAUAUAAUACAUUUACCUCAUAUAGGCACACUCCCUUAUUUCAUGAAGAAAUAUACUCAAAAAUAUUGUAAGAAUUGUCUGUUAAAUAAAUGGAAGUGCAUUGAUAGUACUAUUGAA